AUGAAGAAACGUCAAGUGGUGGUUAAGAAGAGUAAUUCUAAUAGAACUUCAAGUGCAUCCAUGAUUCAGAGAAUUCGUUAUGGAGAGUGCCAGAAGAAUCACGCGGCAAACAUCGGAGGGUAUGCUGUCGAUGGCUGCAGGGAGUUCAUGGCAAGUGGAGAAGAAGGCACAACAGCUGCCCUUGUGUGUGCCGCCUGUGGCUGCCACCGGAGCUUCCACCGGAGAGAAGUCGAUGAAGUUGUGUAUGAAGGUUCAUCAACAUCCGAAAUCUAA